GUAUGCGCUGGUCACACUAGCGCCCAGAAAGUUUUUGUUUUCGCACCAGAUUCUCGGAGUAGUGGAUUAAAAUGACUAGCUGCGUGCCAGCGCAGCAGCAAAAGGACCAGGAGCAGUUGGUGAGGGAACUGGCCGAGAGCAGCGGUGACGACAUGGACGACCCGGACGAUCCAGACCAGGACAAACUGCAGCUGGCUGAGCUUCCGACGUUCUCUUUUUCGAAUAGCAACACCUGCUGGGUGUGCAACGGCUACUACGGUCCCAACUUCGGGGAGCCCUUGUGCGGCGCCUGCCAUGCCUUCCUCUACAACGCCCAGCGAGCCGAGGAGCUCCUUACAGAGCUGUCCGACGACGAGGACUCCGGGAACGACGAGCCCCCGUUCAAGGACAAGCAGGAGGACGAGGAGACCGAGAACGAUGUGGACAUCAUGGGCUUCGAGGAUCUGGAGGACCCUGAACCGCCGGCCAUCGCACAGAACGCCAUAGCGCAGCCAGCAAUGGAACCGCAGGAUCAGCAGCCAGACCAGCCUGUCCCAGAUCCUCCCCAGCAGGCAGCCGAAGUGGCGGAUUCUCCGGAGCGUGACUUCGAGCACGAGCGUGCUGUCAAUCCUUUUCUGCUGCCCAUCAAACGACCCCGGGCCAUGGCUCCCUUGGCUCUGCCCCACUACAUGCACGAAUUGGCCGAUGGACGGGCGCGAGUCCAUGAAUACAACGGCGCCGGCGGAAGCGGUGCAAGUGGCAGCAGCAGCAGCAGCAGAAACAUCGUGAACAUGAUACCCGUCGAGGUGAUGCUGAAGAUAUUCGCCUAUCUGGACGACAUGUCGCUAUGGAUGGCCAGCGAGGUGUGCAAGCAAUGGCACGACAUCGUCGGGAAGAACACGGCCCAGAGCAUGUGGAAGGCGUACAUCAAGCAGCGCUGGCCGCUGUUCGAAAGUUUGGCGGACAAUCCCAACUGGUACCGGCUGUACGGGGAGCUGAUGUCGUCCUGCUUCUGCCGCACCUGCCUGAUCGAGAUGGGCGGACGGGGUGAGGAGGCGGGGCAGCAGGCCGAUCAACAACUUGGCGACCGGGAGCCGGGCAACGCGAUGCGCAAUAACUUUCUGCGCGGCGAGGCCAAUCUGCUGAACAGCUACGAUUCGGAGGGCAUUUCGGCCAUACCGCUGGAUCGACAGAACAACUACUGGCAGGCCACGAUCCUGGGGCCACCGGGCAGUCCCUACGAGGGCGGCAAGUUCUUCCUGUUUAUAUACUUUCCGGAGCGCUAUCCGAUGACGCCGCCCACGGUUCGUUUCCUUACCAAGAUCCUGCACCCGAAUGUGUCGAGGCACGGCGACGUGGGCAUCGACAUCUUCCAGCAGCACAACUGGUCGCUGGCGCUGAACGUGGCCAAGGUGCUGCUGUCGGUGCAGAGCCUCCUGACCGAUCCCUACACCGAGGUCUGCAUGGAGCCCGAAUUGGGGUACAUCUACGAGCACGAGAGGGAUAGAUUCGAACAGCUAGUGCGCUCUUGGACCUGGAAGUACGCCAUGUUCGAGCUGUUUGCCGCGCACUAGGAGAUCGAUCGAAAGUUCGCCGAGGACACUGGACUGAAAGUUGGAAACUACCCCUCUUUACGUUUUAACUACAUAUGUCGUGUGUAUUUAGCUUAGUUGUGUGCCAUCCGGAUUGUUUAUUUGGCCUCUCUCUCACUUUCCCCGCGCCCACAGGUCACAACAUAGUCGAAAUUACUUAACCUAAUAAUAAAUGUAUGCUUUAAGUUA